GCCGGUCCCCAAGAUGGCGACUACCCUGGAUGUCCACGUCCGGAUGUGUAACCAAGAAAUUGUCAUAUUCGACUUGGAGGUUAAAGCGUUUAUCCAGGAUAUCCGGGAUUGCUCAGGACCAUUGAGCACGCUUACAGAACUAAAUGCCAAAGUGAAGGAGAAGUUUCAUCACUUACGGCUCAAAAUACAGGAGCUUGAGCAGAUGGCUAAAGAACAGGAUAAAGAAUCUGAGAAACAAGCUUUGCUCCAGGAAGUUGAGAAUCACAAAAAGCAGCUGCUCAGCAAUCAGACUGCAUGGAGGAAAGCAAAUCUUGCUUGUAAAAUUGCAAUUGACAAUUUAGAAAAAGCAGAACUUCUUCAAGGGGGUGACAUGAGGCAGAGAAAAACUACUAAGGAGACCCUGGCACAGACUUCUAGCAACAUCACAGAGAGCUUGAUGGGCAUCAGCAGAAUGAUGUCCCAGCAGGUUCGUCAGAGUGAGGAAGCAAUGCACAUUUUAGCAAAUUCUUCUCGAACUAUCCUGGAUGCAAAUGAAGAAUUUAAGUCUAUGUCAGGAACUAUCCAGUUGGGACGAAAGCUCAUCACAAAAUACAACCGCAGAGAACUGACAGACAAGCUGCUUAUUUUUCUUGCUCUCGCUCUCUUUCUGGCUACUGUACUUUAUAUCCUAAAAAAGAGGCUCUUUCCAUUUUUGUAAGAUUUAUAUGACCAUCUUUCUUUUUGACAACCAGUUGCGAAUCCUCUGUUCCUCUGAGUUCAGCCCAAGCUGCCAGCUCAGACUACAAGGAUGUCAGGUUUGUUUAUUCAAAUUGUUCAGUGUCUCAAAUUGAAAUGCCCUGGGUUUUGCCAGCAGUCUUCCAUAAGGGGUAAGAGAGAAGAUUUUAAAGGAAACGUUGGUUGGAAAGCUUACAAAGCCAUUGAAAUCCUGAGAUUCCCAGACCCAUGAUCUGUUCUGACUAAGCAGUUUAAUGAGUACCCAAUAUAUGUUCUGAGGCUACCUUCAUGUAUUUGACAGACAUCUCUACUUCCUUCCCUCCCUCCCACCUUGAAUGCCUUGAGUUCUGGAUUAGAAAGAAGUAAAAGGAGAGAAAGAUGAAAUGGGAAAAAAGACCAUAGAUUUUUAUCCAUUAUUACUUAAUACAUUUGAUAGUAUUAUUAGAACAAAAUGCAAUAUUGCUAGAUAAAAUGUCAGUACAGGAUUAUACAAACUAUUUGUCUUUAUGUUGAAAUUCUCCUAAGUUCACUUCAUGAACUUUUAGAAAGAUCCCUUCUUAUAGUUGCCAUGAUGAGCAGUAGACCAGACUAGGCUAGACCAGGGGUAUAAAGAACAGAUUGAUAGUCUGCCCUACUCUAUAAACUCAUCAUCUGAAAGGUUCAAAGCUGAGCAUAACCAAGGAGAGCAAGAUGGGGCUAGGAAGUCACAGAAUAUUCAUAUCCUGCCUGGUCUUGAGUUCUAUAAGGAACUGGUGGAGUGGGGGCUGAGUGAGAGCAGGCCUGAAGGUGACAAGGACUUCUUUUCCUGCAGACCUGGCUGGCCUUUUGCUCCCCAAUACCAGCUUUCCCCACAGUUUAUAGCUGAAGGCUCAGAAGUGAGGCUGAAUGGAGCCUGCACACAUCCCCCUACCCUGCUGCUGCCAUCAUCUCUAGGGCUCUAUGGCACCCGUAGCAUCUCAAAGUAAAAAUAACCAAGGGGGCUCACUCAGGAGCAGGCUAAGCCAGGGCAGCAAAAGCACUGUUUAAGUCUGUGAGGUAAGUAAAAUAUAGCACAAUUUUCGCAUUAGUGGUUACACAGCAUUGUUUGAAGAAGCUGUGAGAAAGUGGUGUUUCUGGAAACCUGGACAAAAAUUGUGCAGUGUCAUAUAAAUGUAAGUCAUUAGCAUCAUCAUGAGACCCACUUAUCAACUCACAUGUAGCUUCUAUGGUAAAGUCUGUAAAAUCAUUAUUGAUAAAAUUUGCUUCUGGCUCCAUAAGCCACACAGCAUGUAUUAUGAGGGUUACUGUGUCUCAGUCAAUUAUUUAUUGUUCAUUCAUUAUGUUCUAGUGAGAGAGAGAGAAAGAGAACUAUUUCUAGAAAAUAUAUGCAUAUACACAGGCAUAUACUGCUAACACACACACACACACACACACACACACACACACAAUAUAUAUGUACCUGACAGCCUUGCUGGUUAAGCUGACAGGAAUGGCUCAGCUCAGGAACAGAGGUUACCUAAGUGGCUGUCAAAAGGAAAAAGAUGGCCUUUUAAAUCUUACGAAAAUGGGGAAAAAGUGUAUGUGUAAACCUUUCUGAUAGACUAUGUGUAUGUGUAUGUGUAUAUACACAUGUACAUAUAUAUUUACAUAUACCUUUCGUACUUUUACUAGACAGAAAACAGCAUAAAGGCAUGAUUGGUUUUUAUGUAAUAGUAAUUUUUUAAAUGAUUGAAUAAGAUAUAAUACUUAAUCCUUCACAGUAUGUAUGUAUAUAUGUAUGUAUAUAAUGUAUAUAUUUUCAGAUAUAUUCUCCACUACAAUCUUGUGUCUCAUGGCAUAGAGUGACCUGGGCCAUGCCAGGGGAACACAAACUUUCCUACCAAACUGGAAAGGCUUUGAGUUUGGGUCCAGCCUCACUAAAUGGAGAGAGACAUUGCUAGGAGGUUGGCCAACAGGUAGUGAAUUUUCCUUCCAGCCAUAGCAGCUCCUUAAGAUCUACUGAGGCAUGGAGGGAUUGUGAUGCAUCUGUGUUGCUGAAGAACCCCCUCUUCCCAAUAUUGAUGACAUCUCAAAAUCCUUGGAGAAAUCACAUAAGCUUUUUGAGCCUCAAUUUCUUCAUCUGUAAAAUGAGGAUAAUUAUAUUUAUACUUUCUACCUCACUACAGGGUAGCUGUGAGAAAUGAGAAUUACCUUCAAGUCCUAUGAGAGCACUUAUUCUUGAAGUAAAUAUAUAUGUGUGUGUGUGUAUAUACAUAUAUAUAUAUAUAU